AUUGUUCCGAAACGGUGCCGGUUUUUUGAGUGUUUCGUAGUUCGUGGUUCGUUGAGUGGUAAAAUUCUACAAUCUGGAAAAACCUAGAUGACAUUUGAAGAAUUUUGUGGCGGUCCCUUCUGGGACGGACAGCUGGAAUGGCGCGAGAGUGACCCGGAUCUGACCUUCUGCUUCCAGCGAGUCAUCUUCCAGUGGGUACCCUGUCUAUUUCUGUUCAUCUUUUCCAUCUACGAAAUUCACAAGUAUGGCACGUCCCGGUUUCGGGACAUCCCGUGGAAUUGGUACAACCUGUCGAAGAUGCUGAUCACCUUCAUCCUGAUGUGCAUGAGCUGGAUAGAUCUUGGUAUGGUCGUGACCUAUAAAGAAGAGCAGGGUUUAUUCGACGUGCAGAUAGCGACUGCGGUUCUCAAUGCCAUCGCUUAUAUUGCGGUUCUUCUAUUGUACUUUUACCAACGGAAGUAUGGCAUCCGAAGUUCAGGCACUUUAUUCGUCUUCUGGUUCAUGCGAAUGUUCCUCGGUAUUUUUCAAUUGCGAACGGAAGUUCAGAACAAGGAAGCUCGCGGAGACGUUUCCGGCGAUACAGUAAACUUCUGGGAGUAUCAAUACAUCAGUUAUAUCGUUCAGUUUUCCUUCAUCUGUCUCAUACUGGUGAUGGAGUUGUUCCCGGAUCAGGAACCAGUCUACAGUGAUUAUCCGGAAGCUAAAAACCCAAACCCGGAACUACGAUCAAGCUUCUUCGUUCGACUGUUCUUUUUCUACUUUGACUCGUAUACGUGGAGAGGCUUCCGAAAUCCGCUGACCAUGGAUGACAUGUACGAAAUAAAUCCUCAGGAUGCGUCGAAAGAGUUGGUACCGCCGUUUGACAAGUACUGGAACGAAAGUGUAGAGAAAGGAUAUAGAAAGCAGGUGGCAGUUGAAAAGAAGACAGGGAAGCCAACGAGUGAGUUCAAACCGUACGGACAGACCAAUGGAUCUGUUUUGCCAGCAAUCGUCAAAGCUUAUGGUGGCCCAUUUUGGUUUGCGGGGAUAUUUCAACUAGUAAUUUCCGGACUACAGUUUGCUUCACCUUAUUUAAUGCAGGAAUUGAUGGCUUGGGUCGCCCUAAGCGGACCGGAAUGGCAGGGUAUUAUAUUAACGUUCGGCCUAUUCGCUACAUCCAUGUUGAUCGCUUUGCUGAAUGCGCAGUACUUUUACAACACAUUUCUAACCGGAUUCCGCAUUCGAACUGGAUUGAUCAGUGGUAUCUACCGGAAGGCACUACGGAUAUCUAGUUCGGCCAAGAAAGAUACUACCGUUGGAGAGAUCGUGAACUUGAUGGCAGUAGAUGCGCAGCGAUUUUUUGAACUCGUCUCUUAUCUUCACAUUCUAUGGUCUGGUCCACUGAUCAUUGCGCUUUGUAUCUAUCUGCUGUAUGAAAUCCUAGGUGUAGCAGUUUUUGCUGGUCUAGCCGUAAUGAUUUUGAUGACUCCGAUAUCCGGAGUGCUGGCAAUCCAGUUACGAGAUCUACAGGUGGAGCAGAUGAAGAUCAAGGAUGAUCGCGUGAAGAAGAUGAGUGAGAUUCUCGGAGGAAUCAAAGUGUUGAAGCUAUACGCUUGGGAGAAGAGCUUUCAGGAUUCGAUCCUGGAUGUUCGUGACAAGGAAAUCGGGAUUCUCAAGAAAACUGCAUACUACGGAGCGGGUGUUUACUUCACCUUCACGAUGGCUCCUUUUUUGGUUACCUUAGUCUCGUUUGCAGUUUACGUUCUGAUGGACGAGAAUAAUCAUUUGGAUCCACAGACUGCGUUCGUGUCGCUGGCACUGUUCAACAUUCUACGGUUUCCUCUGGGUUGGCUGCCGAUGAUGGUAACCUUCUCGAUGCAGGCUUGGGUUUCCAUCAAGCGUAUCGACAAAUUUAUGAACAGUGCCGAGUUGGAUCCUAACAAUGUGACUCAUAAUAAGAGUGAUAAUGCGCUAUCGAUCAAGGAUGGAACAUUUUCCUGGGGGGAUGAGGCUCCCACACUAAAGAACAUUCAUAUGUCGUUGAGGAAAGGUCAGUUAUCUGCAGUGGUUGGAAGUGUUGGAACAGGUAAAAGCUCACUGAUUUCCGCCUUACUCGGAGAGAUGGAGAAGCUGAACGGGACGGUGAAUACUGACGGAUCAAUUGCUUAUGUUCCUCAACAGGCAUGGAUCCAGAAUGCAACGCUACGGGAGAAUAUCCUAUUCGGGAAAGCGCUAGAUAAACAGAAGUAUGAUAGAGUUAUUCAGGGCUGUGCUCUUCUACCGGAUCUAGAUAUGCUUCCGGCAGGGGAUGCAACGGAAAUCGGCGAAAAGGGUAUCAAUCUAUCCGGUGGACAGAAGCAGCGAGUUGCCUUAGCACGGGCCGUCUACGCCGAUGCCGACAUUUAUCUGUUCGAUGAUCCGUUGAGUGCGGUUGAUGCUCACGUUGGCAAGCACAUUUUCGAGAAGGUGAUCGGACCGCAGGGAAUGCUGGUUGGCAGGUCUAGGCUGUUGGUUACGCACGGCAUUUCGUUUCUACCAUUCGUGGAGGAAAUUAUCGUGGUCAAAGAUGGAGAAAUAUCGGAGAGCGGGUCCUAUCAGCAGCUAUUGGAUCAGAAGGGAGCGUUUGCCGAGUUUCUGACUCAGCACAUUCAAGAGUUGGACGAAGAAGACGAAGAGUUACAGUUGCUGCAAGAAGUACUGAAAGACGAAUCAACUAGAAAAAUUGUUGAACGUGCGAUCUCAACUCAGUCCAACCAAUCCGAUGAACGAAAUCCUAAAAAGCGAAUUAGCCGGCAAGAGUCGAGGGCAAGCGUUGGCGCUGAAAAACAAACCAAGGUAGUAGCUCCAGUUGAUAAUUCAACAUUGAUUGAGAAGGAGGAAUCUGCUACCGGAUCCGUUACGUUAGCCGUCUACCUGAAGUACAUCAAAGCCAUUGGUUUAUCGCUGGGAUUUUGGUCGAUAGUCUUCAGCAUUCUCACACAAGGAGCUGGAAUAUACUCAAGCCUUUGGUUGACGGAUUGGUCGGAAGAUCCGAAAGCGAUCACCGAUACUUCGGUGCGAGAUAUGUACCUUGGAGUCUACGGUGCAUUGGGUGGUUUUCAAUCGAUCGCGCUCUUCAUCAGCUCCGUAGCUCUGGGUUUGGGUUGUCUGAAGGCAGCGAAGGAGUUGCAUGAUAAGCUAUUGGAAAGUUCGAUGCGAAUGCCUAUGUCCUUUUUCGAUACCACUCCGCUCGGACGAAUCAUUAACCGCUUUUCGAAAGACGUCGAUGUCAUGGACAAUGUUCUACCGGCAACGAUUCGUGCGUGGCUGUACUUCUUUCUUUCCGUGAUCGGAGUGUUUGUCGUCAUUGGUAUCUCAACGCCCAUCUUCCUGGCAGUCGUGCCUCCGCUAGCCAUAAUUUACUAUUUUAUCCAGAAGAUCUACAUAGAGACGUCGCGGCAGUUGAAGCGACUGGAAUCAGUUACCCGUAGUCCGAUCUAUUCCCAUUUCGGAGAAAGCAUAAACGGACAGUCCACUAUUCGAGCGUACAAUGAACAGAACCGGUUUACGUUGGAAUCCGAAGACAAAGUUGAUUACAACCAGAAAGUAUCUUAUCCCACAAUUUUAGCGAACCGUUGGCUUUCAGUUCGGCUGGAGAUUGUUGGUAGUUUGGUGGUGCUGUUCGCUGCCUUAUUUGCCGUUUUGGCUAAGGAAACGAUUGGUCCAGCAACGGUUGGACUUUCCAUUUCGUAUGCCCUGCAGAUUUCCGCUACCUUGAGUUUCAUGGUCAGAAUGACGGCUGAAGUUGAGACGAAUAUCGUGGCGGUUGAACGGCUGGAAGAGUACACGGAGCUGCCACGGGAGGCUGAAUGGCAGAAGGGAUCGGUCAGUAAGAGCUGGCCGACUGAGGGAAUGGUAGAAUUCAAGGAUUUGAAGAUUCGCUACCGGGAAGGAUUGGAGCUGGUUAUCAGAGGGAUAUCACUACAAGUUAAAGGUGGCGAGAAAAUUGGUAUCGUUGGACGGACUGGCGCAGGAAAGUCAAGCUUAACACUGGGAUUGUUCAGAAUUGUGGAAGCUGCCGGAGGUGAGAUCAUAAUCGAUGGCGUAGACAUUGCCAAGAUCGGUCUGCAUCAGGUACGAGGUCGGUUGACAAUCAUUCCGCAAGAUCCAGUUUUAUUCUCUGGAAGCCUACGAAUGAACAUCGAUCCAUUCGGAAGCUUCAGCGAUGAUCAGGUCUGGAAAGCUUUAGAGUUAUCACACCUGAAGAUCUUCGUGAAAGGUUUACCGGCUGGAUUGGAGCACGAGAUUGCUGAGAAUGGCGAAAAUCUUUCCGUUGGCCAGCGACAACUGGUUUGUUUAGCUCGAGCGGUUCUACGGAAAACUAAAGUACUGGUUCUGGAUGAAGCGACGGCGGCUGUUGAUUUGGAGACGGAUGAUCUUAUUCAGAAAACCAUUCGUACGGAAUUUGCCGAUUGUACAAUCCUAACAAUUGCCCACCGUUUGAACACAAUCCUCGAUUCGGAUCGUGUGUUGGUACUGGAUAAGGGACUCGUGGCUGAAUGUGACGCACCACAAACCUUGCUAGCCGAUAAGAAUUCAAUGUUCUACGGCAUGGCGAAGAAUGCAGGCAUCGUCAGUUAACAAUCUAUGUACAUACAUACCAAUUUUACCAUAGGUAGGGAUUUUGUUAAACACAAAGAGUCAUUUGUUACAUAAAGAACUAUAACUCAAAAGGGGAUAAACGAAUAAAAUACGGAUAUUUUCAAUAAA